UAGUAUGGAAGUACUUAACUCCGUGAGUUUCGUUAUAUGGCAACAGAGUGGGCUGUAGCAUUUAGCUAGGAAACAAAAUAAAAAAAAGGAACGAUGAAAUUAAUCUGUUAUUUAUUUCCCAGUAUGUUUAAAGCGUCAUCUGGCAGAGAAGCCACACCUACUGCGAGUACUGCGACAUUCCAGUUUAGUAAAGUGUCAACUGAAAAGUGAUUUAUACGAUGUAUAUAGUUUAAGGUAUUUCGGACCUACGUUCUCUACUGUUCUUUUAUAGAAAAAUGUUUGAAUGAUUUCUACCCGUCCUUAAUUGAUGCUUUAUGCUUUAUACGACAGAAUAUUUUAAGUAUGGUAGUUAAAGGAAAUAACUUGUGUUCAAGUUGGUUCUGAACGCUUAGCGCGUGUAUGAAGUGUAAUUUUUUUUUUUGUGGGGCGGAUUCGUGGCUGUGAUGAUCGAUUAUUUACAAGACUAUUACAAUCUAUACAACAUUGUUUGUUAUAUUUUGCAUAAAGUAAAUACGUAUUGAAGAAUUUAUUUUCCUAAUACCUGAGAUUCUGCUAUAUAGAUUUUUCAUACCAAGUGAACCAUAAAUUGUAAUUAGUUACACGAUGUCGAAACGUUUGUCUUCUUACCUGAUUAUUGAAAAAUGGAACAAUGAAGAUGUUCUGCAAUUCUUGGAAAAGAAUGGUUUUGGAGAAUGCUGUGAAACCUUUAAGAAGAGAGGUAUCGAUGGGCAUGCAUUUUUGACACUUACUGAAGGUCACCUGAUGCUAUGGAAACGUGAGCUGUCUAUGGUAAAUAUUAGGAAACUCACCAAACUCAUUCAAGAUCUUGUUCAGCAGCCUGAGAAGUAUGUUUCCUCCAAUAACAAGAGACCCGGGAGCAGCACGCUGACAGCGAGAGCCUCGGUAGCGAGCAGCAUGUCUGCCGGCACUGUGAGUAGCGCGGGGCGCAAUGGCAGCAGCCUGGCUCGCCCGCCUGGCUUGCAUGCUGCCUUGCAUGCGAACCAGCGUGCACAGGGCUCUUCCAGCAGCUCCUCUAGCAGUUCCUGGGACACCAACUUCAGUGACGACGAGGCACCACAGUCUCUCGACUCCAGCACCAAUGGGGGCGGCCAGUCCAUCAGCGAGAGAGCAGACUUCAUCAUGUCACAGCUGAGUGGCGGGAAGCCCCAAGGAGGCAGUGCAGACCGCCAGGAUACGUGGAAGGGGCAGAUGGCAUGGGGUGAGCAGAGGUCUGCCGGGGGCAGGACGCUGCCAGGAGAGCCACCCACAGCUCAGGCUGCGAGGAAGCUACCGGCUCCUCCGAUACAGCAACUGGGUGACCCACAGCACGUGCAGAAGAUAGCGACCAGUCUGAGCCUUCCUGUCGCAGCAGAGAAGUGGCAGAGUGAAGAAGAGUACUUGAGUAUAGACGACGAGAAUCUGCCUAGCAGAGAAGCAAUUCUCGCUUUCACUCAAAGGUUCAGCUCUGAAAGGGAAACGGCCGAACAGCAAUCUCCAUCAUCCACUUCUGCCUCACAGAAGAACUUGCAAAACGGGUGGCCUCCGCCGGUCAACCGACCACACCCUGGGUCCCAGAUGGAUCAUCCUCGUUCGACCAUGGGCACGGGGUAUCCCUGUCUGCCCGUCCCACCAGCGGCAUCCCUGCCAUCGUCACCCCGCCCUCUCUGCCCCCGGCCUCAGCCGGACGAGAACCACGGCAGACAGCCGGUUGCUCGGAACAGUUCGCCACAGCCGUCUCUCGAUGCGCUUCUGCCCAUCUCAUCUCGCCCUCUUCCCCCCCAGCCACCUUCAGAGGAACAGCAUUACGAGUGUGUUGAGAACAGGGACAGUCUGCCGGCCACGGAAGCAAUGGCCGCCCUUGCUCGAGUGUUGAACUCUCAGAACAGCUCGUCCAGGGAAACGCCCGACCAGCGAUCCUCGUCGUCCACGUUGGCCUUCUCGUCCCGUCCGCUUCCUCCGCAGCCGCCGUGCGGCGAACAGUCGUACGAGAGCGUGGAAGGAGCGUGCUCGGCUCUCGAGGACAUUGAUAAUUCGUACGAGUACGAAUAUGAGUCCAUCAAACAUAACAGCAAGGAGGUGUGCAUGGAGCCGCCAAGUGGCACUGACUACUACCUGCAGCCGGUGGCCAGUGAGCCUGCCCGUCCUCCACUGCCCCCCAAGCCUGUCACCAGUCUCGCAGCUCCACCGCUGGAGCCCCCGUCGCCGCCUUCCCGGCAGAUGGAAGAUUUGGGCAGCACAUCUUCAAGUCCUGGGAACUCAGGUGAUGGUGUGGCCGGGCGUUUUGGAGAGCUUUUCAGAAAAGUGAGAAACAAGCCUGUGACUUCAAUGGGCACAGUUGAAAAAGAGAAGACGUCGGCUGGCGACGGCAAGAAGCCCUCGCUGCUGCAGAACCAGCGACCGCUGCCACCCACCCCGGAGCCGGGCAAGCCUCUCACCACCAGCACCAAGGACCAGUCAGGUGCCCGUAGAGGCUCACGCCCAACAAGUGUCACCAACAUGCCGUGGUUCCACAAUGUAGAUCGUGCCAGAGCUGACCAACUUCUCAGGAACACUCAAGAUGGGACAUUCCUGCUGCGUCCUUCGAGCCAGACCCAGAAUCCACUGUCACUGACGUUGUGGUACAACAACAGGAUAUACAACAUCAGCGUGCGUUACCGACCAGACGGCAGAUAUUCUUUGGGCUACGAGAAACCAAACGAACAGAGCUUUGCGUCGGUGGAGGAGUUGGUGGCCAACCACCAAUCAGAGAACCUGGUGCUGUACAGCAAUGGCGAGAGAACAGGGCGCACACUGCUCACAGGGUGGCCACCACGCAGGGACUAACUCUGCAUGGCACAUCUUACUUGAUCUCUCUGUGUUUGUAUGAUGUUCAACUGCAAUCAGCUGUGAUGUAAACUAAAUAUUCUGCAAGCACUUGCAAGCAAAUGGCAAAAUCUGCAAUAUGCAAUCUGGGUCUGCAAUAUUUUUAAGACUAAUAAUCUACACACCAUCAGUUCGGAUGAGGUAAUUGUUCCAUAUCAGAUAUCAUAUAUUCAAGUUUAUUCCUAGAUCCGAAUGGCAUGCUUCUAUAUAUAUUGAUCCUGUAGUACAUGACGCUUGCUGUUUUAAGUUGAAAGAUUCUGGUCAAACAAAAACUUGAAUUUUAUUACAAUACAAACAAUUUAUGUCUGGUCUUAUGGAAAAUGUUUAUUUUGUGUUUAACUUAUGAUCACAAUUCGUUGUUUAAUCACAAAUUUUUUUUAUGUCCGGGAUCUUUCAAUGUACUAAAUUAAAGGAAUUAACUUGGAUACAUGAUAUGGAACUUUUACCAAUUUCAUUAUUAGUUUUAAGCAAUGUUAGUACUUUAUAGUGAUAAAAUAUGUGAUUAUUUUAAUUUCAUUCUGCACUGAAAAAUGAAAUGUCUUAUUUUUAGUGAUUGGUCAAUUCCCAAAGAGUAUGUACUUCGAACCUUGAACAUAAAUCUAGGUCUCAAGGGUCCAAAUAAAAUAAAGUACAAGAAAUGAAAA